CUAUUUUCCAAGAAAGUUAAAAUGUUAUUCGCCUUUUUGGGUGAAUACAGGAUUAAAAACAUGAAUGGUUUUCAUCUCCACAUCAUUUCUGAGUAAAAAAUGAAGAUGGCAAAGAAGGUGGAGGGACAGAUCUGCUGACCCAAGGGCCGGUCAGUCUAGGUCAAACUUCGUCAGAAGUCACUGUAACUGACCCCCAGUCCACCAGUAUACCAGAAGCUAUGGCAACAGACACCACCCACUCCUCAUCAAAUUCACACAACGUCCAGUGGCCGGAAGAUCAGGACAGUGAUUUCCAAGUGUUGAAUAAAGUUCUGAAUGCCUUGGGGGACAAUGAUCCCACAAGUGCUGGUGUACAGGAGGUGCCCGCUACCAGUUCAACUUCCCAGAAAAGCAUUUUCCCAGGCUCAGAUUCUUUGCUUGGAACAGCCGGUGGUGGGGAUUGGUUGAACAAGCUGGAACUGGCAGAUCCUAACCAAUCACAGUCUUUGUCCUUUGGUGCUAGCAAGUUUCCCUCCAGUCAAACCGGUCUACUAGAUCUCACUGAUCGCACAUGUAUGUACUGUGGUGUGGUAAAGAAGAGCCCUGCUGACUUAGAGCGACAUGUCCGUAAACACACUGGAGAGAGACCCUUUGCCUGUAAUGUGUGCAGCAAAGCUUUCAAAGCCAAACGCAGUCUUCAAUACCACCAGUAUAUGCACCACGGGAUGGAGUCACAAAACACCAACAUCGUACAGAAAUAUUCUGAGGCACGCAAGCGCAAACUUCAGCUGGAGAACAUCAAGGGCACCUGGCCAACGAGCGCUGGCCUCCUCUCCUCCUCGCUCUACCUCAAAGGUGCUGGCGCUGUCCAGAGCGGUGCUUAUCAUGGUGCUAAGUUAGUGAAGUUGGAUGAGGCGAGUGCUGAAAGUGGGUCCCAGGAGUCAGGGGACAGUUCUUCUAUCCCACAAGGCCGUUUCCAACAUGGUGGCAGAAAUACACCCAUGUCAGCUGACUCCAGCCCUCGGCCAGAAUCUCAGUUGGAGCAAGAUGAUGAGGGUAUCUCACAAGAUGGCAGCAUGGGUGGGACUGGUCAGGAGGAUUCUCAAGAUGGGCCAUGGAUCUCUCCUGAUAGUCAAAGUCUCUCGCACAAACUCAGUCAGCAUUUUGACGGCAAGUCCUCCUUCCUGGCCCACCGCACGUGUACAUUUUGUGGCAAAGUUUGUCCCAAGCCAAGCGACCUGAAGCGCCACCUCAUGGUACACACAGGAGAGAGACCUUUCAAAUGUGCAGUCUGUGGAAAGGCAUUCAAGGCCAAGGGCAGCAUGUUAUAUCACAUGAAAGCUCACCACAACAUGGAUGUCGAGCUGAGUCAGGGUCUUGAAGAGCGCUAUUUGCGGCUGAAGGUUAAAGAACACUACAAACAAAAAGAACAAGAGUUGGUGAAGAUGAGGAUUGAAGAAAUGGGCGGGGGAGGUGACUCUGUCUUGGUGAAUGGCAAUGGUGGGCUAGAUUUGGGUCAUGCAUCAGCCGUGGUUGUAAAUGAGGCCUUGAUAAAACUGGACAUUCCUACUCAGGAUUCAUCUUCUGAAUGUAGCCAAAUGGGAGUGCCUCCUACAGGUCAAAUGUUGGAUGACAUCGAAGAAAAAGGGGAGAAUUCCAACCAUAGCAUCAGCCAGACUGGGGAAACUCAGCCAAAAAGUCUGCAGAAAGAGGGAGCCACUACAAGUCAAGAGCAAGAGGAGACUGAGCCAGGGUCUGCCAAGAGCUAUCAAGGCCCAUCAGUGCUUCGAGGUCUCCGAUUAAGAAAUCCCCAGGCUUACAGGUCAUAUGGUGCCAGUAGCCAAACUAAUGUUUAUAAUGUAAGCCAGCAAGAGGGGAAACCACUGAACCCAUGGAGACGGAGAAAGAAACAACACCACGCUGCACCAACACAGAAAAACCUCAUUCCCGUUACCAAGCCAAGUCCAGGGCGUAAAGGUCUUGUAUUCCACAACAUAAGUUUCCAGGAUGAAAAACAUGAUAGUCAAGGACCAACAGUGGACAGCAAUGCAAGGACAGGAAGUGGUCAAGUGAUGCAGAAACAUACAGAGGUCAUGUUGCAGGAUGAGGAGUCCUGGGAUAGCUACAGCCAGGCACAGAAGGUCAAGAGCCUCAACAUGAGCAAGCAAAACUUUGAGGUUAUCGAGGAGACAAUGGUUGUGAGCCGCCUCGAUGGUUACGACACCACAACGGGGCAGAGGAUGGCCUUGUACAAGUGUCACCUCUGCAGCCAGGUCUACUCUGACCUUGGGAAGUUACAGAUUCAUCUUCCACUGCAUUUUGACCAAGACCCUGCUUUGUAUCGCUGCCAGGCCUGUGGUGCUAGUUUCACUUCACGUAUGCAGUUUGUCUACCACUUGGAGUGGCACUUCAAGCAUGACAACCCAGAAUUUGACAAUUUUUCAAGUGGCCACCAGAUGUCAGCAGAGGGCAUUUCCCAGUAUGGAGGUAGACUCGCAGGAGAUGCCAGAUCUGACACAAUGGAAGAAGAGGAAGGAGAUAUGAAAGACAAGAUCAGGGAGAGAAUUGAUCAUUUGAUCUCACAGAACGUCAGCGUGCUGAGCUCAAUGGAGACACCAAAGAUGCUGAGGAACUACGCCAGGCCAGCCAGUGAGAAGACAUACUUGAAGAGGUUGUCUGGGAUCCAGGGUUCCAACAGAGAGGGUGAAGGGACAACUUUUUAUCAGUGCCGCACCUGCAACAAAGGGUUCUUCCGUCUCUUUUCUCUCCGUAGGCAUGAACGCAUCCACACAGGAGUUAAACCAUGCUAUUGCCGUGAAUGUGGAAAGGGAUUCAGUGAGAUGCGAAACCUUCGACAACAUAUUGUACGCUUUCAUGACCAUGUGAAAAACCACGACGAUCUGAUUGCUCUGAAGCCAGUCAGAAGACAUUCCUUCUUUUCAACCAACAAGUACUCCGUUUUUAGAAACCGCCUGAAUAGACGUAGCAGUGGUGGUAGUUCUCUCUCUUCUUACAAAUCCAGAUUGGAAAACAAGAUAGCCAGUCUGAAAAACGCAGGAAACAUCAACAGAAAGAAAGAAAUCCCAAGUUUCAAAGAGGAAGAAACAAAAGAGGAAGACCAACAAUCAAAAAUCAAGAAAAUUAGGCAGGAAGAUGGCGUUGGUGAGGAUGUCACAGUGGUGCUGCCCUCUGACGAGCCACUCGGAGACGAGGAUGUUUUAGGACCAAGAAACCCAGACAUUGUGGAUGACCAGGAGGAAGAUGAGGAAGAAAGUGAUGUUUUCACUUCACCUGGCAUUCUAGUUCCAAACAACCAGCCCACCAGCAUGAUGUCGCACCUUUCAGCACGAACUCGCCGCAAGGGGGCACUGCCGACCAAACUCCUAGGUUCUGGCCCCAAGACACUCCUUACUUCCCCUGUCAGUGCCAACAAUGCUGAUGCUAACAUUGACAACAAUCCUCUAUAUGGGACAAGAGAUCAACAAGAGAAUUUGGAUAUACAUGUGAUCAGAAAUGAAAAUGAGGUUGGAGGUCAACAGGAGUUCAAAGGUCAACAAGAGACAUGGGGUCAACAAGUUGUUAGAGGCCAACAACAUAUAAACAUCAAGGAUCAAGACGAUGUAGAAUUUAUUGAAGGAGAAUCAUUCCCUGCAUCUCACAAUCAGACAAAUCUCUUCAGAGGACAAGAAUCUCGAUUUGCCUCAGCACCUACCAUGGCCCCAUCUAUGACACCAUCCAUGACGGGUGCGCCUACACCUGUCAUUACCAUGGCAACCAAGUCUAGCAGCUUUUCAUGUCCCCCAAACAUGCUCAUAGCAGGAAUGCCCGAAUCACAAUUUGGUGGAAACAUGUUUGCAUCUGGACUGGGAAAUGUUAGAAGAUCGACUUCUCGGCUUGCUGUAGUGAAAGAUCCCAGCAGAAGAGAAGAAUCCUGUCAGCCAAUCAUAAUUCAAGGUGUGCCAGUUUACCGCUGCGUUUUCUGUGGCAGAGAGUUCCCGACUCUGGCAGAUAUCAACAGGCACUUGGACUUCCAUGAAGAUGUGCGUCCAUAUGAAUGUAACGUGUGUGAUUAUAAAGCCAGAACAAACAGCCAGCUUAAGGUGCAUAUGUUACGUCACAAAGGUAUUCGGGAAUUCCACUGCCAGCUGUGUAACUACAAAGGAGUAACGCAGUCUGAUCUGAACCGUCACUACAAAUCCAAUAUCCACAUUCUCAAAGCUCAGAACCAGUGCCCCAAGUGCUGGGAGGGCUUUGUCAGCCCCUUGGGCCUGAGGGACCACAUGGAGGAUUGUAAUGGCAAAGGCCCCAAUGCCAGACAGAAUUCCAGGGGAGCCACCGUCUCUCCAAGAGGAGCCAGCAUCUCACCAAGAGGGGCCAACAGCUCUACUAGAGGUUCCACCAGUUCGCCAAGAGGAGCUGCAGCUGUUGGUUUGAAGUAAAUUCCGUUACACCUGAAGGAAGAGGUCUUCAGAAUUUCAGAAUUGAUAGAUGUAUAAUAAGUUGAAUGUGACCCCUCCUACACAUACUUGACAAUAGUCUUUGUGGCCCCUUCUGCUUCUUUGGCAGUCUUUGUACCACCUCAUUUAUGGCCAGUAAAUUAACAUCUUAAAACAUUUUUGAAACAUUAAUGUACUGUAGGUCUCACCGCUCAACAGAUGGCAGAACAUACUUAAUAUUAACAUCAGUUAAUAACUCCAGAAUACUUAGUGACAGACAUCAACCAGUAUUGAGCUGUUUUGUUUUUUUUUUUUUUU